AUGGCGAAACUGGGGCGAACCGACACUAACAGGAACCUGGAGACUCUCCUGGACAUGGACAAGUCAAAAACUGCAGCCCCAGUUGGCGUUGCUUGUAAGAAACUGAUUCCAGGGGAGGGCCUGGAGUUCAAGAAUUUGUCUUACAGUGUAAUGAAAAAGCAGAAGAAAGAUGGUGCUUGGAUCACAAAAGAGGCUUAUCUUUUGAAUGAUAUUUCAGGGCAGGCUGUGAGAGGAGAAGUCAUGGCAAUUAUGGGGCCUAGUGGAGCUGGUAAAUCAACGUUUCUCGAUGCUUUGGCUGGUCGAAUUGCGCAGGGAAGCCUUGAAGGGUCUGUCAGAAUUGAUGGAAAGCCGGUUACUACUAGCUACAUGAAGAUGAUUUCGUCUUAUGUUAUGCAAGAUGACCAGCUGUUUCCGAUGCUCACUGUGUUUGAAACCUUCAUGUUUGCUGCUGAAGUUAGGCUUCCUCCUUCCAUUUCCAGGGAUGAGAAGAAAAAAAGAGUUCAUGAGCUGCUUGACCAACUAGGUUUGCAGAGUGCAACACAUACAUAUAUCGGUGAUGAGGGAAGAAGAGGAGUGUCAGGAGGAGAAAGAAGAAGGGUUUCAAUAGGAAUUGACAUUAUCCAUAAGCCAUCUUUAUUGUUCCUUGAUGAACCCACUUCAGGUCUUGACUCCACAAGUGCUUACAGUGUAGUCGAAAAGGUUAAAGACAUUGCACGAGGAGGUAGCAUUGUCCUAAUGACCAUUCACCAGCCCUCUUACAGAAUUCAAAUGCUUCUCGAUCGCAUCACUGUUCUAGCAAGGGGCAGACUGAUAUACAUGGGAAGUCCAGUUGCUCUUCCUGUCCAUCUCUCGGGUUUCGGAAGGCCAGUUCCUGAUGGAGAAAAUAGCCUGGAAUAUCUUCUGGAUGUGAUCAAAGAGUACGAUGAAUCCAAUGUCGGACUUGAGCCGCUUGUGCUCUACCAGCGUGAUGGGACCAAACCUGAUCAAGCCGCAAGAACCCCUGUUCCGAGAACACCAAAAACGAAACGAACUCCUUAUAUGAGAACGCCUGGAUCCAAAUACGCCAUUAGUCUCCGUAGCCAAGCAUUCUCAAUAAGCGGAACGCCUCAAUCAGACUUCGGACAGUUCGGAUAUAACGAUGCGGAUGAUGACGAUGAUGAAUUUGACAAUUCCCUGGAAAGGAAAUCGGUUGUUACGCCAAUGACCAUGCAAAGUGGUGUCUAUAAUCCACGUUUAGCUUCUCAGUUUUACAAAGAUUUCUCAGUCUGGCUGUAUAAUGGUGUUGUCGGAACUCCCCGUCGCCCGCCGUCCUGGACUCCUGCAAGAACUCCAGGACGAACUCCGGCCAAAACUCCGAUGUCUGGCGUUAAGAGGCAGCAUAACGUCCCUUCUCGCCCGAAAACACCUGUAGUUUUUAGCCCAUCUCCGGACCCUCAUGAAAGCUCUUAUGAGAACUUUGAAUUCGAAGAGGAAGUUCUUGAUGAGUCUGAAUAUGGUCCCAAAUAUGCAAAUCCAUGGCUCCGGGAGGUCGCCGUGCUCUCUUGGCGGACAGCACUCAAUGUAAUUCGGACCCCGGAGCUCUUUCUUUCCAGGGAAAUCGUCUUGACAGUAAUGGCACUCAUUCUGUCUUCACUUUUCAAGAAUCUCCAUCACCAUGACUUCAAAACGAUCAACAGGCUUCUCAAUUUCUACAUCUUCGCAGUCUGUUUGAUUUUCUUCUCUUCCAAUGACGCUGUCCCGACUUUCAUUCAGGAAAGAUUCAUCUUCAUCAGAGAAAGCUCCCACAACGCCUACCGAGCUUCCUCUUAUGUCAUUUCUUCCCUCCUGGUUUAUCUCCCAUUCUUCGCCAUUCAAGGUUUCACAUUUGCAGUCAUCACCAAAUACAUCCUCAAACUCAACAGCAGCCUCAUCAUCUUCUGGAUAAUCCUGUAUGCAUCUCUCAUAACCACGAACGCGUAUGUGAUGCUUGUGAGUGCUCUCGCUCCGAGUUACAUCACAGGCUACGCAGUGGUGAUUGCCACCACAGCUCUUUUCUUUCUGACUUGUGGGUUCUUUUUGAAGAGAACCCACAUACCAAUUCAGUGGAGGUGGCUCCAUUAUAUCUCUGCAAUAAAGUAUCCCUUCGAGGCAUUGCUGGUGAAUGAGUUCAAAGGCCAAAAAUGCUAUAAUGGAUCCAUUGCUGAUCUUUCUCCAGGGCCUCUCGGAGAACUGAAGUACAGCAAUCUGCAUUACAGAGUCAAUGCACCAUGUUUCAUUGGAGAAGAUGUGAUAUCCUCCAUGGCUUUUCAGUGGGACAAUCUUUGGUAUGAUGUUGCCAUCUUGCUAGCUUGGGGAGUUCUCUACAGAUUGCUUUUCUAUGUGGUUCUGAGAUUUUACUCCAAAAACGAAAGAAAAUAA